GAACGAUGGAAUAGAGCCACGUCACGUCUGAAUAUCGGGUGUUGAUAGUAAACUUAGUAAAAGGAAGAGAAAAUGAACAUUUUCCGACUUACCGGGGACUUAUCCCAUUUGGUUGCUAUCAUCAUACUCCUGCAGAAAAUAUGGCGUUCCAGAUCGUGUGCGGGAAUAUCCGGCAAAAGUCAAAUCCUUUUCGCCCUGGUAUAUACGACGCGGUAUUUGGAUCUCUUUACCUCAUACCUAUCAGCUUAUAACACAUUCAUGAAGUUUGUGUUUCUGGUUACCUCCUAUGCUACAAUCUAUCUCAUUUACAUAAAAUUUAAAGCAACCUACGACCACAAUCACGACACGUUCAGGAUUGAGUUUUUGGUUGGACCUGCUUUUCUAUUAGCACUGUUGAUCAACAAUGAAUUCAGUGUUUUAGAGAUUUUGUGGACAUUCAGUAUUUAUCUGGAAUCGGUGGCAAUUUUGCCACAGUUGUUUAUGGUCAGUAAAACUGGUGAGGCAGAAAGUAUCACCUCACAUUAUUUGUUUGCCCUUGGAUCAUACAGGGCUUUAUACAUUUUGAAUUGGAUCUAUCGCUAUGCAACCGAAAGCCACUAUGAUUUGAUCGCGAUCGUUGCCGGAGUUGUGCAGACUGUGUUAUAUUGUGACUUCUUCUAUUUGUAUGUCACCAAAGUUCUCCAUGGAAAGAAAUUACAACUACCAGCUUGAAAUAAGCAGCUCAAGCAAGACUCUUUUGUACAAAACAAUUUAAAAGUGUUUAAAUAAAUUUUAUUAAGAAUUUUUUAUUCUAUUUAUAAAUUCAUCUGAAGGAAUUAGAGCAUAUAUAAAAUUAUUUUUUGUUAAUUUUCUCAUCUUACAACGUUCCUGUUAGUGGGAAACUACAUUUAGUUUUUAGUUCUUGGUGUGCUUAACUAUUUUUUUAUGUGUUAUAUUUUUGUUAUUUUGAGCUAAAAGCUGUUUGUAACAAUUUCUCACUAAUUAAUUGAUGUGAAUGUAUAUAGGUAUAAGUUGAAUAACCAAAAACAAUCAAAUGUUAUUGCUGAAUGUAUUAUUUUGUAUUGAGAAUAAAACACAUUACAUUUUAAUUCUAGGUUUUAGACAUUUGAUGCCAAUAUUAAAGUAUUGUAUAAUUUUACUGUAUUAAAUUUAUUAAGCCGUAAAUGAGUUUAACUCGUUAAAACACCGAUUAUAAUUGUAAAGAUCUUCCUAAUAAAAACAAAACGGUAAAUUUUA